AUGGCAGCGAUGAACACAAAGUCAUUUGAUCACAAACUUGGCAUUGUUUAUCCUCAAAAUUUUGCAACAAUGGAUAGCUUUCCAACUAUUGACAAAUGUGCAUCCAUAGGUAGAGAAAAGCACACUGUGGUAGCUGACAUGGAUGGAACCCUGCUUAGAGGUCGUAGCUCAUUCCCUUACUUUGCUCUACUUGCCUUUGAAGCUGGUGGGAUUUUUAGGCUGAUUUUCUUGCUAUUGGCCUCACCGCUAGCAGGACUUCUAUAUUACUUCGUGUCCGAGUCUGCUGGUAUUAAGGUUCUUAUAUUUGCUACAUGUGCCGGAAUGAAGGUUUCCGAUAUUGAGUCUGUGGCUCGUGCUGUGCUGCCUAAGUUUUACUCUAGCGAUCUUCAUUCUGAGUCGUGGCGUGUGUUUUCUUCUUGUGGAAAACGAUGUGUUCUUACUGCAAAUCCAAGAAUUAUGGUGGAAGCAUUUUUGAAAGAUUUCUUGGGAGCUGAUUUGGUUUUGGGGACAGAGAUGUCUACUUAUAAAGGCAGAGCAACAGGGUUUGUUCUUAGCCCAGGAGUACUUGUGGGGAAGAACAAGGCAGAUGCCCUCAAAAAGGCUUUUGGAGAGGCACAGCCAGAGAUUGGACUUGGAGAUCGUCAUACAGAUGCACCCUUCAUGGCUUUAUGCAAGGAUGGCUACAUAGUGCCACCCAAGCCAGACGUUAAAGCAGUGACAACGGACAAGCUCCCAAAACCAAUCAUCUUCCAUGAUGGCCGGCUAGUCCAAAAACCAACACCAUUAUCAGCACUACUCACAAUUCUCUGGAUCCCCAUAGGCUUCAUUUUAGCCUGCUUGAGAAUUGCAGCCGGGUCACUCCUGCCUAUGCCAAUGGUCUACUAUGCUUUCUGGGCACUUGGUGUCCGUGUCACCAUAAAGGGAACCCCACCUCCCCCGGCCAAGAAAUCAAUCGGUCAAUCUGGUGUCCUCUUUAUUUGCUCUCACCGAACCUUGCUUGAUCCAAUAUUUCUCUCCACUGCCCUCGGCCGUCCUAUCCCAGCAGUCACGUACUCAGUUUCUCGUCUCUCUGAAAUUAUCUCACCCAUCAAAACUGUCAGACUCAGCCGUGACCGUGCUACAGACGCAUCCAUGAUCAAGAAGUUGUUAGAAGAAGGUGACCUAGCUAUAUGCCCUGAGGGAACUACUUGCCGCGAACCCUUUCUUUUAAGGUUCUCAGCUUUGUUUGCUGAAUUAACAGACCAACUUGUUCCAGUGGCUGUGGUGAAUCGCAUGAGUAUGUUUCAUGGGACAACAGCAAGAGGGUGGAAAGGGAUGGAUCCGUUUUACUUCUUCAUGAACCCUAGCCCAGCAUAUGAAGUAACUUUCUUGAACAGGUUACCACAGGAGCUAACCUGCACUGGUGGGAAAUCUAGUCAUGAGGUGGCAAACUACAUACAAAGAGUGAUUGCUGCCACCCUGUCCUAUGAAUGCACUUCCUUUACUAGGAGAGAUAAGUACAGGGCACUUGCUGGGAAUGAUGGUACUGUGGUUGAAAAAACGAAGCUCCAAGCCAACAAAGUAAUGGGGUGUUGAUUAUAUUUGUUCCACAAUUUGAGUUCAAUUAUACACCUCCGUGAGUCAAUCACCAAGUGUCCUGCGCCAUUUGGGGUCACAACCUGUUUCAGUUUUCAAGUUGGGGGAGAAAGGGAUAUUUCCAUAUAUUUCCCUUCAUGUUUCAAACUAAUGUCAUGUCUGGUAGAAAUGAUAUUUGCAAAUAAUAAAUGAGCAAAAUCAAGCUAAAUAGCUUAUUCAGGGAAGAUGUGUUCCAAAUAUAGCUACCUCUGGUUUUAAUGUCGUCACUGAAGUUGAGUGUCAGCCUUUCAAAAUGAGCUAACUCGGACAAUAAACGAUCAGUAUAUCACCAGAGGAUGCUAACAAGAGAUCCGGAGGCUUAUGGAUGGCUAAUUGUGUUACGAAUUUCACUAGGCGCAGAUAAUUCAGACCUGAGACGAAUGCAGGCAAAUAUAUGGAUGUGAACAAAAACAUUGCU